AUGGCUGAGGAUGCUAGUUCAGUUUUAGCUACUACUCCUACACAACGAAAACCUCGUUUUGGCAAGAAGGAGGACCGAUACCUGAAUCUUCAUGCCGACGAUCAAUCGUCUCCUGACGCUUCCCCCGUGCGCCCACAGCAACAACAAACGCACGUGCGACAGCAUCAUCAUGAUACCACCAAAGAUUGUGCCCUUUGCGGCAGCAGCUGUUCGUCACUUGCGAAAUGCGAAACAUUCCAAGGUCUCAACUACGAUGCAAGAUGGUCGGCAGUAAAGGAGCGACAUCUUUGUAAAAAAUGCCUUCGUAGGCACAACGGUGCAUGCCGUCAGCAGAAAGAAUGCGGUACGAACGGAUGCAGUUACCUACAUCAUCCCCUCUUGCAUAUACCCAGCCCGACGACGGUACACAGCGCGACACAGGUGUUGACUCAACAGUCUCAAAUGGAACGAAACUGUUACUUGCACCAAACACAAUCCAACGAAAUUCUUUUUCGAAUAGUUCCAGUUACAUUAUACGGUCCGAAUACUGAGUUUCAGACAUAUGCGUUUUUAGAUGAUGGAUCAGAGUUAACACUUAUCGAAGAAGGAUUAGCACGUCAGCUACAGCUCAACAAACCGCUCUGUCUCAAAUGGACAGGAGGGACUCGUCGAGUUGAGGAAAAAUCUCAGAUGGUUAACUUGGACAUCUCUGCAAUUAAUAAUCACCAAAACAAAUACCAUCUUUCCUGCGUACGUACAGUGGCAGAGCUAAAGUUGCCACACCAAACGGUGAUCAUGAAAGAACUAGAGCAAAAGUAUGCGCAUUUUAAAGGGUUGCCAAUAGAAACGUAUUAUCAUGCCAUCCCACGCAUACUGAUUGGGCUUGACCACACUAAGAUUGGUAAUGCGCUUAAAGGACGUGAAGGAGCCGCAAACGAGCCAGUAGCAAUUAAAACAAGGCUGGGUUGGACAGUUUAUGGAAGCUGCAACCGAAACCAUUCAACAAGUCUAUUCGUGAACCAUCAUUCGAUUAGAGCCCGUCAUUGUGACUGCAUUUCAGAUGACGAAUUGCAUAAAUCCAUGAGGGAAUAUUUUUCGUUGGAUAGUAUGGGUGUAAUUAAAUUACCCACGAAUCUGCUGUCAACAGAAGAUCAAAGGGCACAACAUCUGUUUAAGCAAUUACCGCGCCCUAAAGCGGGCCGAUACGAAAACGGGUUACUAUGGCGGUAUGAUAACGCGAGACUUCCGGAUAACAAAGCGAUGGCAAUGAGAAGGUGGCAAUGCUUACAGCGACGAAUUACAAAUGACGACUCGUUGGCCAUGGUAUUGAAUAAUCAGAUUAGAGAUUACCUGGACAAAAAGUACAUACGGAAGUUGUCACCUGAGGAGCUUACUGCGGUUAGACCGCGAACCAGGUACUUGCCAAUCUUCCCGGUGAUUAAUCCUAAUAAGCCAAACAAGAUUCGAAUCGUUUGGGACGAAGCGGCAAAGGCACAUGGAGUAUCCCUUAAUUCGUUAUUGCUGACUGGUCCGGAUCAGCUGACGCCGCUUUUGGCAGUAUUAAAUAAGUUUCGCGAAUUUCGAGUGGGCAUUUGUGGGGACAUACGCGAAAUGUACCACCAGGUUCUAGUCCGAGAGGAGGACCAACACUGCCAGCGUUUUCUUUGGCAAGACGACAAGGCGAAAGACGGGCCGAGCGUCUUUAUUAUGCGCGUUAUGACGUUUGGAGCUUGUUGUUCGCCCAGUAGCGCACAAUACGUUAAAAAUCUGAAUGCGAUGAAGUAUGAGCAGCAGUUCCCUUUAGCAGUUGACGCCAUAGUUCGACGGCACUACGUCGAUGACUUGCUAACGAGUCUUGAAACGGAGGACCAAGCUAUACAGCUCGCACGAGACGUGAAAUGGAUUCACGGCAGAGGCGGGUUUGAAAUAAGGAAUUGGGUCUCCAACUCAUCACGUGUACUCGAAGCACUUCGGGAAGGCAUCACCGAACAGAAAAGUCUUCAAUUAGGUUCUGAAACAGUCACAGAAAAGGUGCUCGGAAUGUAUUGGUGUACCACAACAGACACCUUUACCUACCGUCUUUCUGCUAGACAUGAUCCCGAGUUGCUAACGGGCUUGCGGCCACCUACGAAGCGAGAAGCUCUGAGAACGCUGAUGAUGGUGUAUGAUCCGCUUGGAUUGAUCGGGCAUGUACUCAUGUACCUCAAAACGCUGCUGCAGGAAGUUUGGAGAUCUCGAAUCGAUUGGGAUGAUCGAAUCAAUGAAGAUUUGUACCAGAAAUGGCUUACUUGGCUGAAAGUGCUACCAUCUGUCGAAAAUAUUCAGAUCCCUCGAAACUUUAGAUCGCGAAUCAAUCUCAUCUACAACUGA